CAUCGCGCAUACGAUAAUCGAUAUACGCCGUAUCCCCCAGCGGAAGUCACACCUGCAAUCAAGGCCAUCCCAUUUGGCGAUCGCGCCAGCGCUGAACCAGCGCCAGGUCUACGCCUGAAUACAGUAAAUACAAACGCCUUGCGCGGAAAGUAGUAGUCCUGAUCGCGACAUCGCUUUUCCUCGAGAAGAGAGGGAUCACCCGCAGGUGACGAAAUAACGGGGGGAGAUGCCAUGGCGAAGGAAGAUGUUUCGGUGAAAGCCGAUGGAGGAAACAGCGCAGGGUGAUCUAGCACGUGACUACGCAUUGCUGAACGACGCAGAUCUUUGGGAGCUCCUCCUGAUCGUAGAGGAAUUCUGCACCAUGCCACCAUUCACUCCUCGGCACUUUAUGCUCCUCACAACUGGGUUGGGGGUAUACGCAACAACUUCAUAUGCGUCUUACCACGCUUACAGGAUCUAUUCCGCUCCACCGCCAGCGCCAGGCAUCGCGGAUCCCUCACAACAAGACGCAUAUCCUGGCGUAUUUGAUGCCCUAGCUCCCGAAUAUGACGGUAAAAUCGGAUGGGAUGAGUGGUUGAUGAGGGUUGGAUCCCGCCGAAAGGAGCUGGUUGAGCGGGCUUCCGGCUCCGUGCUGGAGGUGUCGACAGGGACAGGACGAAAUUUGGAAUACUACACCCAAAACCCGGCGAUAAAACGUUUGACGUUAACGGAUACCUCGGAGCCAAUGCUUCAUAAGGCAUAUACUCGGUACCGAUCUAUGACAAGCGCCAAACACAGCUUUCCCCCAACGUCGUUUGAAAUGAUGAAUGUUCAGGCUUUGCCUGUAAACGACCGUCAAUAUGAUACGGUGAUUGAUACAUUUGGGCUGUGUUCUUGUUCAGACCCCGUUGCAGCCCUGCGUGAGAUGGCGAGAUGCUGUAAGCCGGAUGGGAGAGUGUUAUUGUUAGAGCAUGGAAGAGGACGAUACGGUUUUCUCAAUGACGCGCUGGAUAAGACGGCGACUGAACAUGCCGUCAAGUGGGGCUGUUGGUGGAAUAGAGAUAUUGAAGGUUUAGUGAAGAAGGCGGGGCUGGAAAUUGUGGAGAUGAAGACCUUUCAUUUUGGUACAACUCUGUGGAUGGUAGCGAAACCGAGAAUCUCAGACAUAUGAUCCUGCAUGAGCUCAACAAGCGGCAAACAGCCAAUCACUAUUUAUACAAAACCUAGACUGUAGAUAUAUCACAAAUAGUUUAUGUAGCAGUAGGUUCCGUAGCUUCACCACAUUCUGUUUCCCUAUACUUUUUCACCCUAAGUUCUACGAGGGAUCGUGGCUCGUGUAUCCAUAGACUUAGUUCUCCAAGACCCGCGUCCAAUAGCGUCCGUUCUACCCACGCAUUCGCUGUGACGGU